AUGGGCUCACACCUCAACAGCUUUGAAGAGCAGGCGCGAUAUCGUAUCGAGGGCAGGCUCAACAAGGCGUGGGGAGAGGGUUCGCCGUCCAAUCAGCUGGGUUGGGGCGAGGAACAAAGAUGCUGCAAACCAUGCCUUCCUGCCGAGGCACAUCUUGCCGAACUGGCCCCCCACGAACUUGGAUCGAGCACCGUCCUCUCCCAUGACUUUGGCAUCACACCCGACCGCAUCGUCUCGACACCCGCCCUACGCAACCUCAUUUCAUGCCACACCUCAUCUCACUCUCUCUCGGCCCUUUCCUUUCCUCACCGGUCCGUCGCCCCGCUCCAUCCGCUCAACUGUCUCCUGCUGCCUGCGCGUGGGUCGUACAAGCUGCACGCGUUCCUCCGCACUCCAAGGACCGCAAUCAAAGAGCCACGCUUCCAUCUCGCAUGCCGUCUCGCUUGCCACCUGCACAACCCACGCACCUCUAGCUCCAUCAUGAGUGAUCGCGACUCCGCCAUCACCCCCACCGAGGAGAAGCCACGAUCCAUCGAGUCCGACGACAAGAAGCUCUCCGACGACGGCAAGCAUGAACUCAAUCACCUCGACCAGCUCCACGUAGCCACCCGCUCCGUCGUCUCCACCGAGGGCGUCAUCGAUGCCGCAGAACUCGACCGCGUUCUCGACGAGGCCGCCAUCGAGGCUGCAGGCCAGGGCGAGAGCAACUCCCUCUACCUCUGGGGCCUCACCUUCUUCGCCACCAUCGGCGGUCUCCUCUUCGGAUACGACACCGGCGCCAUCUCCACCGUCCUCGUCCAGGUCGGCACCGAUCUCGACGGCCAGCCCCUCACCGAUGGCAACAAGGAAUUCAUCACCUCGGCGCUCACCGUCGGCGCCAUCAUCUCCGCCCUCGGCGCCGGCAUCGUCGCCGACAAGAUCGGCCGAAAGUGGACCCUCGUCAUCUGCGACAUCCUCUUCAUCGUCGGCGCCGUCGUUCAGGCCGCUGCCCACGAAAAGUGGACCGUCAUUGGUGGCCGGUUCGUAAUGGGAUUCGGGGUGGGAGCCGCUGCCCAAAUCGUACCGGUGUACAUCCAGGAGCUCGCUCCCGCCCGUGCUCGUGGUCGUCUCACCUGCCUCAACUCGAUCGCUGUGACCGGUGGUCAGGUUAUCGCCUACGCCAUCGGCGCCGCCUUUAACAACGUCUCGUCCGGCUGGCGUUGGAUCAUCGCUCUCGGCGCCUUCCCUCCCAUCGUCCAGAUCGUCGGUAUCCACUUCUUCAUGUCCGAAUCGCCUCGAUACCUCGUCAAGCAGAACAAGGAUGCCGAAGCCACUCGUGCACUCGCGCGAAUUUACCCGCUCGCCACGCCCGAACAAAUUGAAUCAAAAGUUGGCGUUCUGAAAAGACAUAUUCAGACCGAGAACACUCCCCUCUCUCACCGCAUCGCCAAGGUCUGGACAGACGUCCCUACUCGCCGAGCCGUCUUCCUCACCAGCAUGACCCUUGUCGCUCAGCAGCUCUGUGGAUUUAACAGCUUGAUGUACUUCUCUAGUAGUCUCUUCAAGAGCGCCGGUCUCAAGAAUCCAACCGCCACCGGUCUUGUCAUCAGCGGCGCCAACUUUAUCUUCACGUUUAUCCCGCUCAAGUACAUCGACCGCUUCGGCCGACGUCGCUUCCUUCUCGCAACGAUGCCCUGCGUCAUUAUCUUCCUCAUCUGCACCGCCGGCAUCUUCCACAAGAUGCUCGAGCCCACCAACCAGCGUCUCACCGAGGGCUACCCAUACCCGACCUCGCUCACCUCGGCCAUGCUUGUCUUUAUGGUGUUCUACGUCGCCUCGUACGCAACCGGUCUCGGCAACGUCCCCUGGCAGCAGGGCGAGUUCUUCUCCACCGAGACUCGCAUGAUCGGCACGUCCAUCUCCACCGCCGCAAACUGGUCGGGCAACCUCGUCGUGUCUUCGACCUUCCUCAGCCUCAUGAACACCAUCACGCCCUCGGGCGCGUUCGGCUUCUUCGCCGGUCUGACCUUCAUCUUCCUGGUCAUCAUCUACUUCCUCUACCCCGAGACUGCGCUGCUCUCCCUCGAGGAGGUACGCACCACCCUCGACGGCGGCUUCAACGUCAAGAAGAGUCUCAAGGUCCGCAAAGAGAAGAUCGCCCUCUGGAAGGCCCAGAAGGACGCCGCUCGUGCCGAGACCAGCGCCUAG